AUGGCAGAAAACAACAACAAGGUGCUGAAGUUACUACGCUUGUGCUGGCGAUAUAACGUCACAACAUCCACUGGCCGACGUGUGCAGUCACUAAAGAUCAUCGGCGUUGCUAUGAUAGCAAUAACCGGUCUACUCGUUUUCGUGGCUGAAGAUGUCAAUAAUGCGAGAGAUAAUAUCAAAAAAGCCGAAAUUCUGGAGAAAAAUCUCGAAUCAAGUUUGCAGGUGGCUUUGUUAAUUCACCGUCUUCAAAUUGAGCGUGGUCUCACUGUGCUUUGUCUGGGGUCAAAGAGUGCCGAAGACAAGGAUAGAGUGUUUGAAAAAUUGAGUGAUGCUCGUCAUAACACAGAUAAAGUCCUAGAGGAAACAGAGUGGCCAUUUGAUGAAACAGCUGAAAGGAAAUUUCUCCGCGGGGCUCAAAAUUUCAAAAGGCAUUUGAGGGAUCACAGGUAGAUGAGGGCUUUUUCUUUAAACAAGGGACAGGUUUAGGGUUAAGCGCAUGCUCAUUUAUCAAAAUGCUGUUUUUCUGCUAGAACAUGCUGUAUCGUCUAUGCAAGCAAUAUGAUCAUGUAAUAAUGUUGUCAAAGAACCAAUCUGCACACUCCCCUGGCAGUCACUUACACUUGAUCAACUUAUAUAUUUGCAAAUAGCUGUAAAUUAAUCACCCAUGGAAUAAAACCUUCAGGUCAACAAUAAAUUCAACGUUGGUAGUGUUGGCAUAAUCCACUAAUUUUUUUUUCGAUUUUAGUACUCCUUCAUCCUACUUCAGGUUACUCUGAAAUACACUUCUACUGUGAAAUACACUCUGAGAUCGCUGAGAUACAUGUGAGUGGGAUUAUUAACCCCGAUAGGAUUAAUAACAAAUUGAAAAAAAAGUAAUUUAAUUAAUGAGCAUGCGCUUAACCGUGAACCUGUCCUUUUAAACCCAGAGAACACAGGUAAAAAGAUGACAGCCAAUGUGUUUUCUAUAUGAAUGUAAAACUAUUCAGCGUGGCAAUCAACUUUCAAAGUUUAGGUGUGUCCAUCGUAAUCUGUUCAUAAUUAUGAAUAAUUACCUGCAAGAUUCUUAUUUGUUUGUUCUGAAUCUGCCAUAAAUGAUUUAGAAACAAUUUGCCUCCAGUGCCCAGUUGUUCGAAGGCCGAUAAGCGCUUAUUAACCCGGGUUUCUUUUUCUUGUGUUCAAAAACAUUUUCUUGGAUAAUUUUCUCUGUUAUAUUUAGAGCUUUCAAUCAUCAACUUGUAGACAAAAAGAAUUAAAACUGAAAUGCUUUUUAAGCGUUCAAAUCUGAAUUCAAAUCUCGCACUAACCGUGGGUUAUCUUAACCCAGCUUGGAACAACUGGGCCCAGGCGAUAAAUUUUAUAGCGCGGGGAAUAAUAUUAAGAAUAGGUCUCAUCUCGAUUUUAGGUACGGAGUUGGGAGAUGUGCACAUGGCACUCAACGUCAACAGAUUGAGUUUUACACCCUUCCAAUCGAUUUGAUGUUGAACUGGUUCUACAAGAAUGUUCGCGAUAAUCCCGGAAAUGACAUAUUUCUGGAUAUGGUUGGGUACCACAUGUUUCUAGUUGGAAAAGACAAAAUUGGAAUUGAGCGCGCCUUGGGCGGAACUUUCUUCGCAAACGGAUAUUUCAGCAAUUCAAGCGAUCUCGUAUGGUUUGCAAAUCACAGCAUUCUUGGAAGGGAGUUUUUAGAAGCAAGUAGAACUUUUAUGCCCGAGAUUAAGGCAAAAAUGAGCCAUAAUGUAAACGAAACAGUGCUGCGCUUGAUCGAAAAGGAACGAGAAGUUAUUCUUGCUAAUCAACCCGACAACGCCUCAGUAUCGAAAGGCGAACAGUGGUUUCAGCUCAUGACCUUAUAUCUUGACGAUAUUUUUAAAGUUCAAAAGAAUGCAGGGGACUCUUUAACUAAGCGUCUGGACGUCAUACGAAAAAACAACGAAGCACAUCUAACCCAAAGAUUGGCAUAUCUCGUAUUUACCAUUCUUUUAGUGCCUCUUAUAGCUUACUCAGUUUACAGAAUGACGGGAACGAUUCAAAACUGCACCUUUCAGCUUGCCCAGACAAUGCUGGAGUUAAAAGAGGAGAAACAACGAGCAGACACUCUCCUUUACCAAAUGUUUCCACAUCCAGUGGCUGAAAAACUCAAGAACAAACAGCAAAUUCCAGCCGAGUUCUUUAACAGCGUGACAAUAUUCUUCAGCGACAUUGUCAACUUUACAGAGAUGUGUUCUAACAUGGCGCCAAUGCAGGUCAGUAUUAUUUUUUACUGAAUGAGUGCAAGCUCCAGUUAAAUUGCACCUUUUUGACGCGUUUGAGUUUAUUUUUAUUAGUUAUUCAUUUUGAGGCGAAUCAAAUUAGUGGUUAUGGUUUUAAGAAGGAGAGACACAGGAAGAGAAGCAGAAAUACCACAGUCCUUCUUCACAGCACGACUCAGUUUUUAGAUCAACAACGUACAAAAAUCUUUCUUUAAAUUGAAUCGACUGGGACUCUGUGACACGUAUUACGUGUUCUACAGACUACCAUCAACGACUCAGUUUAGAAAGCUGGUUUAUUACCUCAGAACAAACGCCACUGAAUCUUAGUCAACAGUUACCGGCACCGUACAAACGAGCUUACUGACCGAAUCAAACAAAACCAAUUACGAGAGAACGACUGGACAACUGAAAAUUUAACGAACAAUAAACGAUUGUUUAGCUGUGACAUUAGACGGAUCGAAACGCACCAAUGGCAUUACAAGUCUUCAUAGCCAAUACCAUCACAGCUUAAUUAACAGACGACCAAUAACAUAGCGACUUCUUUGACCAAUCAGGUCAAUGACCAGAGUUUAAUGUCAUCAACUGACGUGAUACAACUCACUUUGACUCCGAAGAUGACUACAGCACAGGUUGUCGAAACCGUAGUCAGUCAACAACAGUCCUAUUCAGGACUAAGUUAUUAAUAGUUUAGCAGGACGAUCAUACUCAACCUACUUAUCCUGAAUGACUCCUGGCUUCAAUCUUUCACGAUCUUUCUUGUAUAAUCAAAAUAUUGUCUUUUCUCAUUGGCUUAAAUCUCUCCGCCACUUAAUAAUCACAACAAGCUAUCGCUUGUAUUGUAAUUCAUGGCUUCAAUAUUUUUCUUUAUAUUCGACCAGUAAUAGCAGAUUAAUUGUAUGAAUGAUAGAUUUACAGGUCAUAAAGAUGUGGACUACUUCAAUAUUUUAAAAGUGCAUGCAGAAUUUUGAGAAAGAUGCUAUAGAAUUCCACUAAUAAAAAAAAUCGAAAGUUUUGUUGAACUGUUUUUGCUUUUUGCAAAGAUUCAAAUCAGAGGAAAACCAUACCCCCACGUUUCUUGCUAUAGAGAUAGGAGCGACGUCAAUGACCCCUGCGACUAAAAAGGUCAUUGAUAUUAAGCCAUAGGGAACUGCUUUUUUGUGCCAAGUUAGCUAAUGCGGUAUUUGUUGUUUGAUUUCAAUGGCCGAUUUUAUACUACAGUCGCAUUAUCCGACUGGAUGAACUUUGGCAAACAUUUUGUAGUCCGUUAUAUAUGCGUCUCAGGUAUAAAGACGGGCAUAAGGCGCAUUAUGCAUCCAGACCAACUACCUUUCGUAAUGCAUCAUUCAAGACGUAUUACGAUAUAAUAGUUUGUCCAGACGCAUAAUGCGUCUUGUGCCUGCCUUUAUACUCGUGAUGCAUAACCAGACGACCUACAAAUGUUUGCCCAAGUAAUGCGACUGUAGUAUAAGAACGGUCAAUGUCAGCAUCUACGUACGAAUACCCGUAAAUCAUAUCAUAAUCAAGAGAAUCUUAUAAUCUGUCGAACGUUGUUCCUCGUGACUACUUGCAGGCCAGUCCAGUUGACCACAGAAUUUUGUUUUGUUUAGGUUACAGCCAUGCUCGAUGAGAUCUAUGGUUUGUUUGACGACCGCAUAAACUUUUACGACGUGUACAAAGUGGAGACAAUUGGUGACGCCUACAUGGUGGUAUCGGGGCUUCCUCAAAGGAACGGAAUGCGUCACGUGGAUCAGAUUGCCCGGAUGGCGUUGGACUUGGUAAAAGCGGUGGAUGAACUAAAAUUACCCCAUUUCAGCAGACGACAGCUGUCGGUCCGAAUUGGUAUACACACUGGUAAGUCUAUGUAUUUAUCAUGGGUUAUGUAACCUUUUCUUUGGGGUGUUACAUGGUAUGCUGUUCUGUUGCUUCAUUAGCGGUAGGCUAUAUAUAUUUGAGUUGUUCUCAUUUAUAUUCAUUCGCGUCUUACGACCGUCCCUACGCCCUCAAAAUUAAAUACCCAGUGAUCAGGGGCUUCUCUUAGACGUAGUUUUUUGCAUGCUGCUAUAUGAAAGGUUUAGCACGUUUUGUAUGUUUACUGAAUCAUUGUUAUACGAGCAUAGUUUAGAUCAUUUUGUUGGGUUGUUUUUCUUGCUGUCAUUUUUUACAUUUCCGAGUUUUCAUUCUGUUUGUUGUAUUAUUUCCAUCCAUUCUGUUGAUGAAGGCAUAAUAAAGAGGGUCGCACACGGCUCGUGUUGACACACCCCAAUUGAGGUUGCUUGUUACAUGAUAAAUGUUCUAUAUUCGUUUGAGCGGGGUAGCGAAUUAGAAUGUAAGGCCUUUGUGUAUGGGUAUAAUAUAAAAUUAAAACCAAGAAUAUGCAGUAAAAUUGAAUAACAACGUAUAUAGUAUUUGAAAACCCAGGGAAAAAGAGAGAGCUCAUUGAUGAAUAAAAUAAGUAAAAAAGAAAAAAAAAAUAGCACUCGCGCUUAUUCUUUAUCUCGAGCUCACAUAACUAAAAUAAAACUGUUUUCCCCAAAAAAAGUUUUAAAGGAGACAUUAAUGUAGGUUAUCAGUUAGCUUAGAUUAAUCACUGUAAUUGAUAAAUUUAUAGUCGUAGAAGUUUUUCUUUCAUCGUCAGUUAUUGAAAAAAUCACUUAACGGAUUGUCCCUCCUCGGAUUUCAAUAUUUGCUUCGGCGUUCUGCUUAGCCAAGUCUUGAAAUUACUGGGAAGCAACACAAACUUUUCACUCGAGAAUAGUUAAUUUUCUGAUCGUGUUUGCUAUAUACAGCAGGUCUUGUAUACGUGUAAGAAUUAUUUAUCAAUGACAUAAUAGCCCAAUGACUUAAAAGAAGUAGCAAUAGCAUAAUUAUAUCCUUUUUAGGACCAUGUGUGGCUGGUGUGGUUGGAAACAAAAUGCCUCGUUACUGCCUGUUUGGAGACACAGUGAACACUGCAUCAAGAAUGCAAACGUCUGGCGAACGUAAGGGACAUAACAACUUAGCAUUUAAUUUGUUAUACUACUGCAUGAGAAAUUUCUGCAAUUUGAUUGGCUUAGAGCAGUGGUAUUUCAGCUUAAUUUGA